GCAGCAGCAGCAGCGGCCCGGGCAGCAAGCUGACCUGCCAGUGGUGCGGGAUGCCUGGGGCGACAUCGACGUCUCAGACGACUGGGUAACCGACAGUGGUGAUGAGCCGGAUGAGGAGUCGGAGGUAGACCCGGAAGCUGCUUUGGUAGAGGGGCCGGAGGGAGUGCCUGAAGCUGCUAGCGACCCGGAACAAGAGGAAGAGGAAGAGGAUGGAGAAGGAGGGGCUGGAGGGCACAUGCACGAUCACCUUGGCGAUGCGCCGAGUACUGACGACAUGCACGAAGCGGCCAUCGCCGAUGUGGAGCAUGUGGAGUUCACAGGUGCUGACAUGGAGGAUGGCUCUGAGCAGAGCGUGAUGUUUGGGGGACGCUAUGGCGAUGAGAGCGAUGAGAGCGGUAGCAACCAGGGCAGUGGCAGCGGCGGUGACGACGAGGCGGAAGAGGAGGAGGAUGAAGGCAGAGAUGCUGGUGGCUCUUCCGGCCGUAGCGACGUUGGGGCCGACGACGAAGACGAGGGCGAAGAAGAAGGCGUCGACUGCGACCGGGACGCGCGCCAAGACGGCUCGGGGGAGCCCAGUGACUUUGGUAGAACCACCACCUCCAGCAGCAACAGUGGGUCACAGCAGCAACAGCAGCCAUCGAGCAGCGCUGUUGCGCCCGCCGGUGACGACGUCCUCCUCCUUCGUGCGGCUGGGCCUACCAGGGCGAGCGAAGCAGCGUCAUCUGGCGCGGCCGGAGCUUCCGGCUCCGCAUGCCCUGCAGCUGACAUGGAUUUGAAGGCCUGUGGCGAGGCGGGCGCCUCCAGCUGUCCCUCCGCAACAACCGCAGCCGGAACCGUGCCCGCCCCCCUCGGUGUCUCCACGUUGACAGGCGCAGCAGCACCCGCACCCGUUGGGACUCCGUUGGACGGCACGUCUACGGCUGCUGUGCGCAUGGCGCCUCCAGGGGUGGCCCAGGCUGGUUCCCACGCUGCUGCAUCCGUACAUGCCGGCCGCCGCACCGGGCGCCUCGCGUGUGCCUGGGCCGCGGCUCGGCUGGUCCUCACCGCCGUGCUCGCGCCGCUGCGGCUGUUGAUGUCCGUGACAGGGCUGGGCCAGCCAGCGCCAAGCAGCCAGCCACACCACCAUUCAACAACAGCCGCCUGCGAAGCAACCGCCACCGCUGCUGCCUCGCCCGAUCCAGCCGCCAGUACUAAUACGGCAGCAAAUGCAGGAGCUUCAUCAACAGCUUCAUCGUCAUUGCCCGCAACCUCACCGGCGACGGCAGGGCCUAGUCAGCUCCCUCACCCACAACACCAGCAGCAACAGCAGCCGCGGCGGCGGCCGCAUGGACAGCAGCAGCAACAGGGGCGACAGGGCUCGGAUGAGCGGCAGCGGGGGGGCGUAAGUACGUUACCCAUGACGUCCUCCGCUGCCACUCGGGAGGCAAGGGAGACCGCUGCUGCUGGCUCUGCUGGCACUUCCGCAGGCUCGGCCCCCACCGCCGCCGCGACUGCCCCUGCUGGUCGUGCUGCUGCUGUUGUGGCCACCUGCAGUGUCGGUGCAGCGGACCAUGCGGACUGCAUGCCUGAGCUGUUGGAGUGCAGCAGCGAUGACAGCGAUGACGCCUCAGUGCCGGCUAGCAGUACCGGUACCUUGCUCACGCCGAGCAGGCGGCUUGGCGGCGCAGGCCUCCGUCGCGCCGCGGGGACGUCUCACGACAACAGUAGGGACGGUCCUGGUGCUGCUGCCGCCACCGCGGGCCGUUCACCCGCCCCCAUGCCAGAUCUUCUGUACGACAGUAGUGAUGACGAUGUAGCACCUGCUGCUGACCUCCUCCUCAUGGCAAGCAGGCGGCUCGGUGACCCACGGGUCGGCCACGGUACCAGGACGACCCAAAUGAGCAGCAGGGACGGGGCCCGCAGAGGCGGAAACAACCGCAACAACAGCGGCAGCAGCAGCUCUGGCCGCAGCCGCGACGGCGCGGAGGAGGAGGCCAGGUCGGGGCUUGCUACGAACUCCGACAUGGAAGGCGGCACCCCGCAACAGGCAGCCGCCCAGCACGCCGUUCGCACCGCCAGUUCCGUUCUUGAACGCCUGCAGCAGCAGCAGGAGCAGCUUCGGGCUUUGCGUAGGCGAGUGGCUGCCCUCGACGAGGGGGCGCAGGCAGCCAGAGCUCGGCUGGGGACUCCGCUGCGCGGCGCCAGCGGGCAACCACCUUCGCACGCUGCUACUCCCGCUGCCGCUGCUGCUGCUGACAACAGCCCUGCCGGGACGGGAGGCGCUGCCUUCGGGGCCUCCGCUGCUGGGUCAUCAUCUUUAACGUCUUCAUCAGCACCAGCAUCAGGAGGAGGAGGAGGCGUUGAGGGGGGCACGUCCGCGUUGGUGGCCGCGUUGGGAUCCAUGACGCGCUCGCUAGCCAGUCUGGUGCAGCUGUUGGAUGAGAUGCAUGGGAUGGGGCCCGCUGCAGCACCCGCCAUGCAGGCAGCACCCGCUGAGGGGGCGGAAGCGCAGACGGCGGGUAUGCGUGACGCAGAAGCCAGAGCAGGUCCUCCUGCUGGGUCGCUUCUGAACACCCCAUCCGCUGCCGCUAGCUUUGGCGCCUUCCGUGAGGCUGCGGCUACUGCGUAUGCGGAGGCGGAGGCGCUGGCAGCGACGGCGCCGGUGGCGGGCGCACCCGCCAGCGCUGGGAAUGCGCCGCCAUGGCAGGGGGCUGCCCCUGCCGGCAGCAAUGGCACCACAAGGACCCCACGUCCCCCACGUCCUGCUGAGGAGAGCAGCAACCGCGCUGGGAGCGGUGCGGAUAGCGACCUUGAUUCGAUGAUGGAGCAGCUGAUGGAGUCCAUUCUGGCGCAGGAAGCUUCUACUGCAACACCCCGCAGCAGCUCUGCGACAACGCCUGUACUGGCGGCAGAGGCUGCCGUACAUGCUGCCGUACAACGACCGCUGCAACAGCUACAGCAGCUGCCGACGCCAGCGCGAGGCCAGCAACCGGGUGCCCUGGGGGUCCAUGCUUCAGGCCGGGCAGGUAGGGCAGGUACGACAGCUGCGGCGGCAGCAGCAGCGGCAGCAAUGGAGGAUUCCUGGGAUGGCCGGCUGUCCGUGCCGCCGCUGGAGCGACUGCGACUGAGCGACGGCGACGACAGCGUCUUCGGCGAUGGGCCGCUGGACGACGUAACGCCGCUGCCUCCGCCCCCGCAGCCGCCGCGACAGCUGCGGGAACUGGAGUUGGAGGACAGCACCGAUGUGAACAGAUGGUGCGUGAGUCCCUCUCCGGCAUCUGCUGCUGCUGCUGCUGUUGGGGUGGCUGCUGGUGGUGCCCAUGCAGCUGCUCCUCCUUUCGGAGAUGCUCGGUGUGCUGCAGCCUCCGGCUCCGCCACGGGGACCAACACUGCGACCGCCACCUCCACCACGGCAGUAGCAGCCGCGGCAGCAGCAUCAGAAUGGCGGCCGGCAGCAGCGGCAGCCAGGGCAGCUUGGGCAAGGGCCUCCCUGAGCAGUGACGACGACAGCCUACCGGAUCUGACUGAGCGCGGCGGAGAGGAGGAGCAGGAGGAGGAGCGGGGCAGCGGCGGGAACCUGGACGGGCCGGAUGCAAGCAGCAGUGGCGACGAGGGCGGCAUGUCGGCAGUUCUGGGCACUGACGGCGAGGAAGAGCUACUGGAUUGGGUUCGGAACCUCAGCGACGGGGAUGGCGCUAGCGACGAUGGAGACCUGCCAGCACUGACGCAAAGCAGCGACGAUGAAGGUGUUGAUGAUGAUGAUGAUGAGGAGGAGGAGGAGGGCGGCAGCAGCAAUAGGGCUGCAUGGAGUGCUGGCGGGUCCGAGCUUCCGGCCCUCUUGCAGAGCGAUGACGACCCAGAUGAUGAGCCCCGCACCCGGGAACAGGAGGAGGAGGGGGAUGAGGAGGGCGGCAACCACAACAUGCAGGAGGGCCCUCAGGGUGCUGAAGACGACGUAGACGACGACGAUGGCAGCGACGGCUACAGCGUUGGCAGCAGCCUCCACGUGCGGGAUGUGGUGUUCAGCACUGGGAACGUCGACGACAGUGACGACAGCGACAACAUGCCCGCGCUUUAUGAGGGCUCUUCUGCUGAUGAUGAGGACGAGGAGGAGGGGGACGACGACCGCCACACGCGGCAAACUCGAGACACUUCCGCCAGCCGACCGCCACGUCAGCAGACCACACGACAUGCAACCGCAUCGACGUCAACCACCGCGGCUGCUGCUGGCACCACCGGCGCCGCUCGCACCACUAGCCGUCACCAAGCCAACCGCCGCGGCACCGAGCAUCACGACCAUGAGAACCCCAGCGUCAGCGGCUCGGACAUGGAAACCGACAUCUCGACUGAGGAGGAUGAGGAUGAGGAUGCCAGCCUUCCAGACCUGGUAGACUUUAAUGAGCUGGAUUUUGGGAACGAUCCCCCCACCGGCGGCGCUGCUGCCCAGGCAGGCACAAGCGCCGGUCCUACCCCUGUCCGUUGGCUUGGUCGUCGCGGCUUCGAGGAGCCCCGGUGGCAAGGCGGAGCGGCGGGCGGCCGCAGCUCGCAUGCAGCGGCUGCAGCUGCGGGUCCUGGUGCUGCGGACAGCGAGGCGGAGGAGGAGGAGGAGGAUGACGGCGAGGACUCUGAGGGAAGCUUCCAGCGGUCCGGUCAGAGGCUGCGGGAGCUCUACCAGCAGCUACGGCAGCUGCAAGGGGGGGAUCGGGAGCGGCGGAGCAGCCGGGAGGGCCGCGUGCAUGCACCUGAGGCCACCCCUACGGUGCAUCGGAGCGGAGCAGCAGCGGCGCCGGCUUCAGCGUCAUCUAGCCCAAGUGGGCCACGUCUUGAGCUGGGAGCUGCGGCCGAGGCGGUGCUAGAGGCACUCAUGCCUGCGUUGCUGGCCAUGUCCGCGCUGGGCGGUGGUGGCACCAGCACCACCACCAGCACCACCUCCACCGCCACUACCGGUGUCAGCACCACCAUCAGCAGCAGCACCCCGGGCAGCUCCACAUCCGCCGCGAUUCAGUCGCUCUCGUCCGCACUGGGCGCCUCGCUGUCUGCCGGCCGACAGCGCAGCGGCGGCGCCGGCGCGCCCACUCAGAUCCUGUCCGCCGUCAUCCGCCUGCCUGCCGACGCCCUGGCCAAUGUGCCGCAGGGCUCCGUCUUCAGCAUCACCCUGCCCAGCAACGCCCUUGGCGGCGGCGGCGGUGGCAGUGGCGCUGCUGCCGCCAGUGCCAGCGGCAGCAGCGGCAACGCCGGCGGCGUCAGCAACGCAUCCGGAACUGUACGGCUGCAGCUCGGCGGCGUGGCUAGCUUCCCGGUGUCCUGGCGGAGCUACCUGCCCGCGGAGACCUCCAGCGGCCGCCACCCCAACGACCAGCCGGGGCUGCCGGGCACGUAUGAGGAGGGGGACAUACCCGCUUGGGCGGCACGGUUUGGGC